GACGGUCAAACCGCUCCCAUGCACACCUGAAUCACUCCUUGUGGGUGUUGGUGGUGGUUGUGGGUGUGGCGGUGGGUCUGACUGUCUUGUGCUUCCUGUUUACAAGAUGUUGUACAAAACGGCGAUUACCAUGCAAGAAACGCGCCCCAAAAAUUCCCCCAAGAAAAUUUCACAACUCUGACGACCAGCCACCUUCCUCUCCCAGACCAGACACCCACGUGUGGAUCAGCUCCCUUCAGCAGAGCAUGUACCCUCAGCUGCUCCCCAAGAAGCUUCAGCACCCACCUCAGGAUAAAAAAAAUGAAGACGAAACAUUUUUUGAAGAUGAUGACUAUUUGAGCAGUGAUCACUACAGUGUUCCAUGUACUUCAACCCAUAAUCCUCAUGAAGACAUGCUGCCUCACUCCCCUUCCUUGUAUGAAAUACCCAUGCCCCUGUCAUCCUCCCAAUGUAACACUUCCCUGACUCCGAUAUCCCUGCAGACUCAAGGCGACAAGUCCAGCACUCUCAGGCUCAUUCCUCCCGCAGGCAGUGACAUGUCCUAUUCAUGUGAAGAAAUGCCAACUAUCAGCAUCUACUCAACUGCUUCCUCUUUGAUGCCAAUAACCAAAAAGUUUGCCGUGUGUGCACAGGAAGCCGGAGAGGGAACUUCCACAGGGGAUCACGUGCAGACGCUCCGACGCCCUGGACACUGUCAGCAAGACAAGGAUAAACGCUUCACGAUGGUAAAGAUGAAGCUACCCAACCUAAUGCUUAUGAAGAUUAAAGUGAAGAUGGACGAAUGAGGCGCGGAAGAGAGUGAUGGCGGUGAUGGAGGAGGGGAGACUGCAUGACAUAACUGAAUAAAUCUGAUAUGACUCUUAGUUAUCCUGAAGCAUUAACUCUACGUUUCUAUAAAGGUGACGUGAGUGACGAAAAUGGAAGUGGAGGAGGUGGAGGGUCUUGCAGUGAAACCCUUCCAUAUUUGAUCAUUGUUUUUUGUUUUGCUUUUAUCUAUGUAUUAAUGGUUGCUUAUCUUGUUCAGUACUUCGUCGACCAGAUGAACAAAGCGGACAUAGACAUGAUAGGUCAUGUUCUGUACAAAUAGACGGACAUAGUAACAGAAUGACAACCUAGAGAUAGUAAAAUUAAGACAAGGCAGGAAGAGGAAGAGACGAAGAGAUGAGAUGAGGAGUCUAGUUAGGCAGUGAUGGAAUAGGAGAAGGAAUAGAGGUAUUGGAGAAGUGGAACCAGUGGAGCUAUAAAGGUGAUGGUGAUGUUAAUGAGGGUGAUUAUGUUGAUAUAACCUAUGAUCUUAAUCUUCUUUAGUGUACUUUUAAAGCUCUCUGUGGCCAUAAUUUUGCCUUAUGCUUCAUAGAAUUUUGAUAUUAGCAGAACUGUUAGAGGAUAACUGGCUUAGUAAAGAUAUCUAUAAAGUUAGUCAAGCUGUACUCGGCUCCUGUUAAUCUAUAAUGUAAGUGCACGUUCUCAAACUGCUUUGUAUUAUGUAACGAAUUCAGUAAUUAGGCCGUUUGUGCUGAGUUAUUAGGGAGCUUGAAAAGAUUAGGCAAAUUUAUGGAUGGGGGUGAUGGGUAGAAAUAUGUAGGUGUGUUUCAUACAGGGACUGCCACGUGUAGGCCUGAUGGCUUCUUGCAGCUUCCCAUAUUUUCACAUGUUAUGAUUGUGAAGUGGUAAUUAAUCUCAGAGAGAAAGAGAGAGAGAGAGAGAGAGAGAGAGAGAGAGAGAGAGAGAGAGAGAGUAUACUAUAUAUGUCCUAGGAAAAAAAUAAUACAUAUGUUAUAGUAACUCAUAUAGCAGGUUUCUUGAUUCCGCCGCCUCACUCUUUUAUAGUUACUGAUACAAGACCAUUUUCUUCGCGAAUGUCAGGACAGAAGAUGGAGAAAAGAUGGGUAGCUUAUGUAUUUUAACAGAGGCUCCGUCUUUUUCAGUCAUUUUCUGCGCGCGUGCGUCAGGACAGAAGAUGAAAGAAAGAUGGGAAGCUUGUAUCUUAUGUACCUUCUUGAUUUUAUCCAUAGCCAGUAUUUCAUCAGUCUCUAAUUGAAGUUACUGUGAUUUUUCAAGAGUGUAUGAUUCUAGUCUUACUUUAACAAGGUUACUGUAAUGUCAAUAGGAAAAAAACGAACAUAAAAACCUAACUAAUAAUAUCUGUGGGCAUUUAAGAACUGUCUUGUUGAGGUGAUAAAGCGUGACAAUGUAAGCUCAUGGUUCAGUUAAAGGCACGGGAAGAAAUCAUAAUGAAAUGGGUGCUCUGCUCAGUGUCUUGUAGAAGUUCUCGAGCAGGAACACUUAAGGCGGCUUCUGGAUAACAACUUUAAUCACACUCUUUUGAGGAAAUGACACCUUCAGUGGGCCUUCUUUUAUAGUCUUUCUGUUGUCCUAGGCCAGAAUCAUCUCUAACAUAACAAAAUGACGUGAAAAUAUUUAAAACAACGAAAUUUGAUGUUAGGUGGGAAUGAAGUAUUCAUAGUUUCACUUUCCCGUAAUGACAUUGUAUAUUGCUUGUGAUGUUUAUGCUUAAGUGCUUAAUAAAACCAUCACAAUUU